AUGGCUUUGCCACACAAUUGUAUAUCUCGAAAACGUGAAUACAAAUACAUUAGCAAGGACGAUUCGGAAAAUCAGUCGAAUAACGAAACCGAAAUAAAGCAAUCUCAAUAUUUAGCCGCUACCGCGUUAAGAAAAUUUAAGAUUCCGAAGAAAAAUAAUGAAAAAUUGAAUAAUUGUAAUAAAUCUAAUUGCUUCAAUCCUUGUUCAAGUUCUGCGGUUGAAACCAAGAUUCAAAAAAAAUCGAUGAAGAAUUUAGUCAAACAUCGUAAGAAUGAAAUGCCUAUUAGCUAUAACGCAUUAUUGUCUAUGGCACAAUUAAAUGUUGAAAAAUUAAAUGAUGUACCUAAAAAACUCGUCAAUAACAAACGAAAACAUAAUGACCAGUUUAAAAAUUUAAAAUCACGAAAAAUUAACGAUGUAGAGAUGGAUACAUCAGUUCAUAUCGCAUUGGAAAUUGACAAGCCACGUAGUGCGGAGACAACAUUGUCCGGUACAAAUUACGAAAAAUUACCAAAAAUAAACUAUUUAAGUAUAAUUGGAAGUGGCGUUGAUUUCAUUUCAAAACAUUUCAAGUUGUUAACGACAUCGUCAAUUGUUUCGGACGAUCUUGAAAAUGAUUUGAAACGCGAAAAAACGUAUUUGUUUAAUGAAAAUUUAGACUUGUCGCAUAGAAUAGAGUCUGUUAGAGAGAGUGCAGCCCGUUUUCACUACAACUUGAUAGACUUGAUUGACGAGUUUUCAAAAAUUACGACCUCGUGUAAAUUAAAAAAAUGUGAAGAUUUAUUAAAUACUAUGUUAGAUAGUAUUUCCGUUCUAUCCGACGAGCAGUGUAGUGUGGAGACUACAUUGUCCGGUGUAAAUGACGGGAAAUUGCCAAAAAUAAAUUAUUUAAGAAUAAUUGAAAGUGGCAUUGACUUCAUUUCAAAACGUUUCAAAUUGUUGACGAUAUCGUCAAUGGUUUCGAACCAUCUUGAAAAUUAUAUUAAACGCGAAACAAAUUGUUUGUCCAAUGACAGUUUAGACUUGCCGUGUAGAAUAGAGUCUGUUAUAGAGAGUGCAGCACAUUUUCAUAACAACUUGUUAGAACUGAUUGACGGGUUUUCAAAAAUUAUGACCUCGUGGAAAUCAAAAAAAUAUGAAAAUUUAGUAAAUGCUACGUUAGUAAGUGUUUCCGUUCUAUCCGACGAGCAGUGUAGUAUAGAGACUACAUCGUCCAAUGCAAAUGACGGAAAAGUCGGUUUAAGAAAAAUUGAAAGUAACGUUGAUCGAAUGUCUAAACGUUUCAAGUUCUUAACGAUAUCGCCACGUGUUGUGAUGGAUUUUUAA